UUGUCAGCCAUGGCAUUGCAGGCGUCUUCACCGUCGCUGUUCCGCGCGGUCCCGGCGACGACCGGUGCUUCUUGCCGGCGACAGAUCCAAGUGCGCGCGAGUGCGGCGGCGGCGAACGGCGGCGGCGAUGUGGGGAAGGUGAUGAUGAGGAAGGAGGCGGCGUCGGGCGCGUGGAAGAUCGACUACUCCGGCGAGAAGCCGGCGACGCCACUGCUGGACACCGUGAAUUACCCGGUCCACAUGAAGAACCUGUCGACGCCGGAGCUGGAGCAGCUCGCGGCGGAGCUCCGGGCGGAGAUCGUCCACACGGUUUCCAAGACCGGAGGUCACCUGAGCUCGAGCCUCGGCGUGGUCGAGCUCGCCGUGGCUUUGCACCACGUGUUUGACACGCCGGAGGACAAGAUCAUCUGGGACGUCGGGCACCAGGCGUACCCGCACAAGAUCUUGACGGGGCGGCGCUCCAGGAUGAACACCAUCCGGCAAACCUCCGGGCUUGCCGGGUUCCCCAAGCGCGACGAGAGCGCGCACGACGCGUUCGGCGCCGGGCACAGCUCGACGAGCAUCUCGGCGGCGCUGGGGAUGGCCGUGGCGAGGGAUCUCCUCGGGAAGAAGAACCACGUCAUCUCCGUGAUCGGCGACGGCGCCAUGACCGCCGGCCAGGCCUACGAGGCGAUGAACAACUCGGGCUACCUCGACUCCAACAUGAUCGUCGUGCUCAACGACAACAAGCAGGUGUCCCUCCCGACGGCGACGCUCGACGGCCCCGCCACGCCCGUCGGCGCGCUGAGCAAGGCGCUCACCAAGCUCCAGUCGAGCACCAAGCUCCGCCGCCUCCGCGAGGCGGCCAAGACAAUCACGAAGCAGAUCGGCGGGCAGACGCACGAGGUGGCCGCCAAGGUCGACGAGUACGCGCGCGGCAUGGUGAGCGCCUCGGGCUCCACGCUCUUCGAGGAGCUCGGCCUCUACUACAUCGGCCCCGUCGACGGCCACAACGUCGAGGACCUCGUCACCAUCUUCGAGAAGGUGAAGUCGAUGCCGGCGCCGGGGCCGGUGCUGGUCCACAUCGUGACGGAGAAGGGCAAGGGCUACCCGCCGGCGGAGGCCGCCGCCGACCGGAUGCACGGCGUCGUCAAGUUCGACCCGACGACGGGGAAGCAGUUCAAGUCGAAGAGCCCGACGCUGUCCUACACCCAGUACUUCGCGGAGGCGCUGAUCCGGGAGGCGGAGGUGGACGACAAGGUGGUCGGCAUCCACGCCGCCAUGGGCGGCGGCACGGGGCUCAACUACUUCCACAAGCGGUUCCCGGAGCGGUGCUUCGACGUCGGCAUCGCGGAGCAGCACGCGGUGACGUUCGCGGCGGGGCUCGCCGCCGAGGGCCUCAAGCCGUUCUGCGCCAUCUACUCCUCGUUCCUGCAGCGCGGCUACGACCAGGUGGUGCACGACGUCGACCUCCAGCGGCUGCCGGUGCGCUUCGCCAUGGACCGCGCGGGGCUCGUCGGCGCCGACGGGCCCACCCACUGCGGCGCCUUCGACGUCACCUACAUGGCCUGCCUCCCCAACAUGGUCGUCAUGGCGCCAGCCGACGAGGCCGAGCUCAUGCACAUGGUGGCCACCGCCGCCGCCAUCGACGACCGCCCAAGCUGCUUCCGCUUCCCGCGCGGCAACGGCAUUGGCGCCAUCCUUCCUCCCAAUCACAAGGGCACGCCUCUCGAGAUCGGGAAGGGGAGGGUGCUCGUCGGAGGUGACAGGGUGGCGCUGCUGGGAUACGGCUCAAUGGUGCCGGCGUGCAUGAAGGCGGCGGAGGCGCUGAAAGAGCAUGGCGUGUUCGUCACCGUCGCCGAUGCGCGGUUCUGCAAGCCGCUCGACACUGGGCUGAUCCGGGAGCUCGCCGCCGAGCACGAGGUCCUCGUCACCGUAGAGGAGGGAUCCAUUGGAGGGUUUGGGUCCCACGUCGCCCACUUCCUCAGCCUCAGCGGCCUCCUCGACGGACCCCUCAAGUUGAGGUCCAUGUUCCUGCCAGACAGAUACAUAGACCAUGGUGCACCAGUAGACCAGCUUGAGGAGGCAGGGUUAACACCAAGGCACAUAGCUGCCACUGUGCUGUCCUUGCUGGGGAGGCAAUUGGAGGCACUUCAGCUCAGCUGAAUAAUUCAGCAUGAAUGUAUCUACACAUCAGCCGACAAAUAAACAGCAAACAUAUAGUAGCUAAUGAGAGAUAUGGAUGUACCUUCUUCUGCCCCAUCCUUAGCCUAACCAUUGGCCUCAUGUAUGGAUCUGGAGGGAAGGUUAAUUUCAGUAAGAAAGUAUAGGACUUCUAGGUAGAAGAAGAAGAAGAAGAAGGCAACAAGCCCAUGUGAAUGUGUUUCUUGGCCUGUUCCCAAUACAUGCUUCCAAAUGCAAAAUGAUAAUGGAGGCUUGCUUGUAUACAAGAGGAUGGAGACAUGGUGUGUGAAGGUGCAUGUCCUUGCAUGAUAGCAUGAGCAGGAGAAGGAUAUGCCCUUCUCACCCUGGCAUUGCCAAGAGUGACAUCAUGCAUGCAUGGCUCCAUAUGUUCUUUUGUUAGUUUGUAUAGAUAACAUGUAUAAGAAAGUACCAUGUACUCUACUAUGAGUCUACAACUCAAUUCCCUAUGCAGAAGGAAAUGGACAAUAAGAUGUGAUUUUUUUUUCUUGUUAUUUGUCUCUUGAGAAAUGGACCAACAUCAUGCCUUGUGGAAUGUGAU